ACAGCUUAAGCUAAGCCACGUUGAGUUUAGUGCAGUUACGUUCAAGUCUUUGCGUAGGGAAUUCUACGAAUAAUAAAACUAAGUCGUGUGAGAACUGGAGAUUGAAGAAAAAGUCACUGUAUCGAAGUAGUGCAGACUCCUAAACCAUUAGAAUGGUUAUGCUAGACAACACCAGCUUAUUCUUUAGAGUAAGAGGGGACCUGGAACUUACCUUUCAGCUGUAUAGUACAGACGAUACAAUGAUAAAGAAGACCAUAUCUAAGGCUAUUCAAGAUCUUUCAGCAAAAGUGAUUUCAGAAUCUUUAGUGUUCAGUGUUUGCAACAGUUCGGUCUAUUUAUGGCCAAACAAGAAGCCCAGGAUAAUACCAGCCGAAAUUACAGAAAUGACACCCUGCAAAGAUAUUCAGCUGCAUGUUCAGGUUGAGGCAAAUGAUGAAGCAAAGAGAUCUGCCAGAAGGAAAGACAAAAGGAACCCAGCAACAGGCAUCGUUGACCUUAACCUGAUGUUUGAGAUGACAAAACCUGCUGCAUCAGCAGCACCUUCCAUCAUCCGGGAAAACAAGAAACAUCACCAUGUUAAUAUGACCCUGCCAAUGGAUGCAGUAGUAACAGUUCAGCCAGAAGAGAACGUGGGAAUUGUCGCUAGCCUGCUGGUGAAGUCUAUUUGUACCCAGUUAUCAGACAUGGAGAAGUGUAUUUUGAGGUACAUGAAAGGAACAUCCUUCCAUGAACCCAAACCUUUCCACUUCAUGUUGCCAGAGCCUGCCGGUCUUGUGACUGUGAUUUACCCUGCUGGAGUGCCUGACGGGGAACUGGCCACUGUUCGAAAGGAGCUACAUACCCAAUUUCAAUUACCAGAAGAUAGACCUUACUUGAGAAGAGCCAAUGCAUAUCACUUUCAAAAUGAGUCUUACAAAGAUGGUUAUCUGAGGAACCCACAUUUGUCUCUGAAGAAUCCCAACAUGGAGGGUGGCGUAUAUUUGGUUCAGGGGGUUUAUAGCUAUCACCACUACAUGCAGGAUCGCAUGGAUGAUAAUGGCUGGGGUUGUGCCUAUCGGUCUCUGCAGACCAUCUGUUCCUGGUUCAAUCAGCAGGGAUACACAGACAAGGCGGUACCAACACAUAAAGAGAUUCAACAGGUCUUAGUAGAUGUUAGAGACAAACCUAAUUCUUUUGUUGGAUCAAGGCAGUGGAUUGGGUCCAUUGAAGUGCAAACUGUAUUGGAUCAUCUGCUUGGAAUAACCUCAAAGAUUAUUUUUGUCAGCCAAGGUUCUGAGCUGGCAUCAAAGGGCAGAGAACUUGCAAAUCAUUUCAGGAAUGAAGGGACACCAAUUAUGAUUGGUGGGGGUGUUUUAGCACAUACUAUCUUGGGAGUUGCUUGGAGUGAAACUACGGGGCAGAUGAAAUACCUGAUUUUGGACCCUCACUAUACAGGAGCAGAAGACCUACAAGUCAUCACUGAUAAGGGUUGGUGUGGAUGGAAAGGACCUGACUUUUGGGACCAAAAUGCAUAUUACAAUCUCUGUAUGCCUCAGAGACCGAAGGCAAUAUGACCUAUUAAUUUGUGUGGAUGCUGUUUGUACCUAAUUUACUAUGUUGAAUUAUGGCACAAUAGUGUCGAAUAAGGCACAGAGGAAGUUGUGACGUGGGGCUCAUACAGAAACUCAGCCAACCAAAUUCCAGUUCUCCGUGACAAUUUCCACCAUUGCUGUUUUAUGCCCUAAAUAAUCCUAUAACCACCCUGUAUAAACAAUUGUCAAGACAUUUGUAAAUGCUUGUUUUACAAAUAUAUGUACUGCACUAGAAAAGAACAGUUAAUUGUGUGUAUAUGUUAAACAGACUUUACUAAUAUUAUGUACAACAGCCUGCUUAAAAAACUGUUUAACAUACAGUUUGUAAACGGCUGGUUUCUCCCAUCCAAACACUUAGACAGAUUGAAAAAUUGGAAACCAAUAAAACAUCUAUACAUUGAUACUGUGGAAUGAAGAGUAAAUUAAUUUUGAGUAAUAAAACAUUAUUUUAUUUUAGUUACCUGAUUUUUCCUUGAACGGAUUUGGAACAGUUUAUUAAAAAAAGUGCUAUGUAAAUGGUCCAAUAAAAAAAAAAAAAACUCCA